AUGGGACUCAUCGCACUCCUUCGCAUCCUCCACGUAGAGGUCGCUGCUUGGAGCUGCCAGCAGUGGACGAACCUCUACGAUGUGCUCGACGCGGGCUGUGCGGGGGAUGCCGUGAUAAAGGCCAAGCGAGAAGCGGCCAGCUGGGACUGUCCGAAGUGGGUGAACCUCUACCGGGUUCCGGACUGUGCGGCCGAUCAGAUCCUGUCGUCGCCCAGCUGUGACGAAGGGUGCCAUCGAGCCUUUGCUGCCGAUCCGUUCUUCGUCUUCCGCCGCUGCCCGGAGACUUGUACAAGAGGGAGGAAUGCAGAUUCCACGCAGUUGGCGCAGUCAGUGCCUGCGACAGGGGGCAGGGACGCACAUGCGAUGGCAUCCAAACGAAGCCACGAAGCAGAGUGGGAUCCCUGGAAUAUCGGCAAGUGGCUCCCGCUUCUUCUCCUUCCGUUUCCCUUCCUGCUGGCAGCGCGAAGUCUUCGUAGGCGCCGUCCAGCUGCGGCUGGCGAGGCCGGCACCCCUUUGCAUGACGCCGGUGACUUCAGCGAGUUCGAGGGCCGAGCGCCCGUGAGAAGUUGGUGGCCCCUAGGAAGCCUCGGCUGA